AUGACUGCCCGGAAAACCACACUCACCGACAUCAUGGACGAGGCACUCGUGAUAGACAAAAACGACGCGAAAAUGAAAAAAUCAACCCCUCCAACUAAACCACCGGUCAACCCUUUGCCAGCAACCCCGCCUUCACCAUACGACUACAAUCGCACCUGGUCGGAAUGGCGGGAACCGCCACAACAAGUGCAACCGGAAUAUCCUAGCCACCCAUGCGGUUCUUGCUACACGAAUUCGGCCCAGCCCGCGGCCCCUCCGGUAAAUACGUGUCAAUCUCGGUACACAGCUCCACUAUGCGGGGCCGAAUGCCCACACGGUUGCGCCCCAUACAUGCCCCCGCAGCCUUCUUGGUUCUGCGGGUGUGGCCACGCUCAAAGGGCGCCACCUCAAGGCCCACGCUAUCAUAACCACUACCAAGCACACGGAACUCAAUAUUCAGGUCAAACGAAUUAUUCAAAUAAUUAUUCACGCGGUCCAAAUCGGCGCCAAGGACCUCGCCGACCGCCAGGAAAUAGCUAUCCUGAACGUGGGCGCGAUCCUCCGCCAAGACUAGAUAACAGGCCAUCGCGCGAUAGCACUCCAGACAGAGAAAAUUUAAACUUCAGUCGCGCCCGUUCACCCGCGGACAAUCGAGCGGGCGCAGCUUUUACGCCUCGCCGCGAUCCCCAACGGCCACAAGCGAGUCCCCAGGACUCUUACAGGCUCCUUCGCCGCGAAUCCGGAUCCGCUCAAAGGAACUGA